AUGGAUUGUGGAAGUAUAGUUCAACGAAUAUUCAAUGGUCGGAGAUUCGUUGAAAAACGCUUGAAGCGACCAAUUGCUUUCGUCAGAAAUGUUUUCACGGUAUCUCGGGAAAAGAACCGCAACUUACUGCAACUGUAGCAGCAUUUGUCGCAGCGCUGCGGCAAUUUGUCGCAGCGCUGCGGCACUGCAACACAUGCGCCGGAGUUGCGCCCAUUUCCGCAACAGUUCACGCAACAGUUGCGAGAUUUGUCGCAACUCCGGCGCAUGUGUUGCAACAAAAAAUGCUGCAGCGCUGCGACAAAUUGCCGCAGCGCUGCGACAAAUGCUGCCACAGUUGCGGUUCUUUUCCCGGCCUUUUAUAUUUUCAAAAAAUAUAGAAUUCCUCCACUGCUACUUUGGUAUAGUGGUUAGCGAGCUUGGUUUUGCUUCACAAGGUCGCAGGUUCGAUUCCUGCCCGGCGCAUAAUUUUUUUUUCCUCCAGAGUUAUGCGUUUCAAGAGAUGCUUCUAUCAUCAGAUUAUCACCCGGAUAACACAUAUUGCUAUAGCGUUGACAAAUAUUCAAAAACUGGAUUAUUCGAGAACCUUCAGAUUUUGUCGAAUUGUCUCCCAAAUGUUAUCCUUAAUCCAACCAAAUAUUAUUUCAAUUCAUGGGGUCAUUUACAAAAUCAGGCGCAGUUUAGAUGUCUCGAAUUGAUUAUGAAUAGAACGUGGAGUCACGCUCUAUUUUUACAGGUUGCCUGAAGGUUUUAAGUAAUUUUAAAAUAUUUUUCUCGCAGAAUAAUGACCUGGUUUUAAAACCCGCUGAUCAAUUAUCAGACCUCAGUGAAUUGUUGAAUUAUACAAGUGCAAUGUUUUUUGAGGACCCACAUGAAGGUUGGUAUUCUGAAAAAAAAGCUGAUUGGACACCUGCUGCCUUAAAACUCUUCAAAAAUGAAGCCAAAGUUCCGGAAGAUAUAUUACAUAGGCCACUGAGAAUUUGGAAAGGUUACAAUGAAGUUAUAGUGUCCAGAAUUUUUAUUGAAUCAAUUUUGGAUAAAUUGAACUUGGAGGGAAUUAUGAAGGUAUUUGAUCGAAAGGUGAUUUCUAAACCUUAGCUUAAAUUUUAAUGGCUAACUUCUUCUACGAAAAGUAUUUAUAGAUGUUUGGCGUUGAUGAGAUGUUAGUUCAAACAUUAUAUCGAAACAAUCUUGGCCUUGAUGCUCAACCAACUUCGAGUUGCCAUAACUUUGUGCCUGAUACAUUUAUCAGAUGGACAGAUUGGACAAAUCGCUGGUCGUCUGGAACAUUCUACGAAGCCUGUAGAUCGAAAUUCGAGAGACAUUGGAUUUGUGUGAUGGGUGUGGAAUAUUUGAGAGAUUUUAUUAUGAACAAUAGUUUUGUUAUUGGAAAUAAGGUUUUGGAGAAUCAUGAUAUUGGGCCUGUUUUGUGCUUGAGAGAAUUGUUUGGGAGCAAUAAAAUAGACAAAAAGAGGAAGAUAACUAGGAUGGAGCUGGAAAACUAUCCACAAUUUCGAGAAAUGGAAAUGAAACGAAAUGGGAGUUAUGAAAUGAGCAAAUUUCAGUGUGAUAAGUAGAAUGUUGUUAUAGGAAAGUUGUUUGAUCACAGCGCAAAAUUUUUUUUCCGUGUGAAAUGGUUGAGAACAGCCACAAUUUUACGUGAGAGAAACGAGAGAGUGUGAGCGCUGAAGAGACGCCAGACGAAAAAGGGAUAUGAUCACGCCCACUUUCAUAAUUUUUUUUCGCUGUGAAUUGAUCCUAAUAAACUUUUUUCUGAAAAAUACACUCUUAAAAUGCCGAGCAACGCGAUUUAAAAAAAUAUUGUAUUUUAAUUGGUUUUUUUGAGCUUCAUGAGCGUCUUUUUUUUCGGGGAGCCAUGGUUAUAGAAAAGAAUCAACAAAGUUUUCAAUCAUUGUUCAUUUGCUAUGAUUUUUCAGCUGCUUUUCACAUUUCUUUUGAUCCAAAAGGUAGGAUUUUCCUUACAUAAAUUAGGUUAAACCUUUAUUUUCAGAUCAUCUGUUCACAAAUAAUUCUGAUUUAUGGAACUCUGAAUGUGUCAGAUGUUUUGAGCACAACUUCAGUUUCAGACAAGGAAUCAUGUUCAGAUGAUUUUGAAUGAUCGAAUAAUUAUACAAAUUAUCCAGCAUUCAUUAAUUGGGCAGCUUAUAACCCGUCGAGAUGGAAGGGUUCACUUCAAGAGAUUCAACUGGCAAUUUCGAUAUGGGAUGCUAGUUCUGUGGAUGUUUUUGAUGAUAUCACUAACGAAGAUCUUAUUUAUGGAUUUAUUUGUGGUGUUCCAUUGGGAAAUUGGGAUUUUAACUGA